CAUUAUCUUGAUGUUAGCGUAACUUCCCCAUGGAAAUAAAACAUUGGUCUUCUACUGUAUUACCAUUUUUUCACCAUUUCAACUCUUGAGUAAGCUGCAAGAUGAUCCCUCAAAGGAUUACACAAGUGUUUCUAUAUGUUUGCUUGUUUACAUUAACAUUGUCUGCAAAGGUCGACCGUAAAUUUGAGAUUGACAAUGUAAAAAACUGUUUUCUCAAAGAUGGUGAGCCAUUCCGUUAUGUAGCUGGAUGUUUCCAUUAUUUCCGUGCCCCUCAUCAAUAUUGGACUGAUCGGUUGACCAAGCUUAGAGCUGCUGGUUUAAAUGCGCUUCAAACUUAUAUUGAGUGGGGAUCUCAUGAACCAAGAGAAGGUGAAUACAAUUUUGAAGGUGAUCUCAACAUAACUGACUUUUUUGAGAAAGCUCAAGAAGCUGAUCUACUUGUGGUUCUAAGAAUUGGUCCUUAUGCUUGUGCUGAAAGAGAUUUUGGUGGACUUCCAUGGUGGUUAUUGCAAUAUAAUGUCAAGUUGCGAAGUAAUGAUGACAUUUACAUGAAUUAUGUUGAAAAAUGGUUUAAUGUUUUGUUGCCUAAGAUUAAGCCAUACCUUUACAAAAAUGGAGGACCCAUAAUCACAGUACAGAUUGAAAAUGAAUAUGGAGCUUUUGGAACCUGUGAUUUUGAAUAUACAUCGCGACUUCGUGAUAUUGUACAUUCAGCUUUAGGUAAAGAUGUCAUCUUAUUUACAACUGACCAACCGAACCAUGAUGGACUUCGUUGCGCUGUAAUCGACCAAACUCUAGCCACUAUCGAUUUUGGUAUUGGACAAGAACCAAGCAAAGUAUUUGGUGUCUUGAGAGCCCAUCGAGCUUCUGGUCCACUAGUUAACUCUGAAUUUUACCCCGGAUGGUUGGAUCGAUGGGGUGAAGCUCAUCAAAAAAGGUCUACAAGUGAUGUUACCUAUUGGUUGGACAAGAUUUUAGCUUAUAAUGCGUCAGUUGCCUUUUACAUGUUUUACGGAGGAACCUCAUUUGGUUUCAAUUCUGGAGCCAACUUUGAAAGCGGAGUAUACAAACCACAGAUAACUAGCUAUGAUUACGAUUCGCCAAUGAAUGAGGCCGGAGACACAACAGACAAAUACGAUGCUAUUAAAAAAGUUAUUUCAAAGUAUUUACCAGUUCCUGAGAUUGAAAUAAAAGAAUCGAGUGAUAAGAUCAAAUUUGGUCCAGUCAAGCUGGAAUUAACCGCUGCUUUUCCUCAACUCUUUACUUCAUCAUGGAAAUCUAAAUCAGCAACUGAUCCACAAGCAUUUGAAUAUCUUGGAGCUAGAAAUGGACUAGUUCUUUAUUCAACUAAAAUCGAUUUCAGGCCCACUAGUCCCUCAACUCUUACAAUGGCUAACCUUAGAGAUAGAGCUUACAUUUAUGUUGAUAAGGUUUACCAAGGAUACGUUGGAAGGCAAGAAAAAUCUUUGGUAAUUCCAAUCAGAGCUAAAAAAGGAUCGAUUCUUGAUAUUGUUGUUGAAAACCAAGGACGCAUAAAUUACGAUCAACAAAUCGCUGAACAUAAGGGAAUUUUCGGGGAUGUAAGUCUUGGAUCUAAAGUUUUGAAAAACUGGAAUCACAUUUACCUUGAAGAUUGGGAAGACUUUGUUACUAAAGGAUAUGAUUUGAAAGUAGCGGGUUCUUUGGAAGAGGUCAAAAAUCUGGGCCAAUCUUUGACUCCGGCAGUUUUAAAAGGACAAUUUACUUUGGCGGCCGAUGUUAAACCAGCUGAUACUUUCCUUAACCCAAGUAAUCUGACUAAAGGAUUUGUUUACCUUAAUGGUAAAUGUCUUGGACGAUAUUGGCCCGCUAAUGGACCUCAAAUUACUCUUUAUGUUCCUGGAGUUUGGCUCAAAGGUUACCCUGAAUCAAAUGAAUUAGUUGUUGUUGAACUUGAAGAUACUCCUUGUUUGGCUGAUGGUAAAUGUUCAAUUAACUUUGAUGAUACCCCACAAAUUGAUGCACCAGUCCCUGAAAACUUUUAGACUCCACUAAAUGUUACCUUUCUUAUCAUGGAAAUGAAUUGUAAUAGAUUAUUUGUUUUCCUUUCUCGGUGAAAUCUUUGUAUUUUUAAUAACAAUUAAAGUUAUUUUUGUCUUAAUUAA